UUAAGCAGAAAUUAUUCCUUAGUUGAAAAGUAGUGGGAAGAAGAAAGGUGUAGAUGCCAGUCACAGUCAUCUGUGAGGAUGCAGUGGCAGGUUCAAUGAACCAGGUUGCCAUAUACACACAUAUUCAUUCCUCAGCUUAGAACCACAACCAAACAAAGUCACCGUUGAAUGGCGUUUUUGGAGUUUACAAGACUCGAUGAGAGGUCAGUGAUAGAGUACGUGAAGAGCGUCGCCGCCCUCUCCUCCAUCCUGAAGCUGGACGAUGAGGGUGACGCCGCCGAGAAGCUAACCGUGAAAGAGAUCGGAGAUGGUAACCUGAACUUUGUGUUCCUGGUGACCAACUCUGUCCAUUCCGUUAUCAUGAAGCAGUCUCUCCCUUACAUUCGUUGCAUCGGGGAAUCAUGGCCACUGACGAAGGACAGAGCAUACUUUGAGGCCAUGGCCCUGGAAGAACAGGGUCGCAUAGCCCCUCACCAUGUCCCACAAGUCUAUCACUUUGACCCAACCAUGUCCUUGAUCGCCAUGCGCUACCUUCCCCCUCCCCACAUCAUACUCAGGAAAGCCCUCAUCGCCGGAAUUCAGUAUCCGCUCCUCGCACGCCACAUCGCACACUUCAUGGCAAACACUCUCUUCUUCACUUCUCUCCUUUUUCACUCCACACUCGAUCACAAACGCCAAGUUGCAAAAUUCUGUGGGAAUGCCGCCUUAUGCAGGCACACUGAGCAGGUUGUUUUCUCCGACCCUUAUCAAAUUUCCCAAUACAACCACUGGACUUCUCCCUAUCUUGAUCCUGAUGCCGAAGCUCUUCGUCACGACAAUCUCCUCAAGCUUGAAAUUGCUAUCCUCAAAUCUAAGUUCUCAGAGCAGGCCCAGGCACUCAUUCAUGGGGAUCUGCACACUAGUUCUGUCAUGGUUACUCCCGAAUCAACUCAAGUCAUUGAUCCAGAAUUUGCAUUUUAUGGACCAAUGGGUUAUGACAUCGGUGCUUUCUUGGGAAACUUGAUGUUGGCUUUCUUUGCGCAGGAUGGACUUGUUGAUCAACCCGAUCAUAGAAAAGCAUACAAGGAGUGGAUUCUUGAGACAAUUGAAGACACUUGGAAUCUCUUCUACAAAAAUUUCGUUGCACUUUGGGAUGAACACAGAAAUGGUGCUGGCGAGGCAUAUCUUCCAGCAGUUUAUAACAAUCCUGAGGUUCAACUCCUUGCGCAGAAGAGAUACAUGGCAGAAUUGUUUCAUGACAGUCUUGGAUUUGGUGCUGCCAAAAUGAUAAGGAGAAUCGUAGGGGUGGCGCAUGUUGAGGAUUUUGAAUCCAUUACUGAUGCUGCUAAACGGGCUUCCUGUGAACGGAAGGCUCUUAACUUGGCUAAGAUGCUUCUCAAAGAUAGAGCAAAAUUUGAAGGCAUUGCCCAGAUUGUUUCGGCAAUUCGGCAAUUUUAGUAUUCACAAGCUUUUCGCCAAGUACUAUGAUGUGAUUUGUAGUAGAGUGCUCUACAUACAUAUUUUUAUGUUUAUUUAACACACAGAAUAAUUAUAAAAUAAUCAUAAAAA